AUGGUUGACGGCUUCAACCCGAGACGAUCUAAUAGACUGAAACAUUUGCCGAAAGUUGAUUAUUGCGAGAACAAGACGGCGGAUGGGAAACGGAAAAGGGGAGCAUUAGACGAAGAAGACGAAUAUACGCCGUCCCGGGAAGGCACGCCGGAGAAUCAGAAGACUCCAACACACGCGCCGGAGAAUCAGAGGAGUCCAUCACGGAGAGUGAGACGCAAGACGGCCAUUACCAAGGAUGCUCGACAGCGAGCGGUCGAUGCGUCUCAGAAUGCGGGUGCCUGCAUAAUAUCAGGCAUGAAGGACAAAUCCGUUCAGCAAUGCCAUGUGUUGCCACGGGCCACAAAGCCGGAUGUGCUCACGGCUCUAGAGUGGUGGUGGGACAUCAAAGAGCUCAAUGUAGAUUCCAGCCAUAAUCAGGUCUUCCUUCGUGCCGAUCUCCAUGCCUUGUGGGAUCGUGGAGACAUUCUGAUCAUGCCAAUGCCUGACGUGACUAAGGAAUAUCUGGACACGUGGAAGGAUGGUGGCAGGCACAAGGUUCUGGAGUUUCUCGAGGAUCAGAUCCACAAUUACUGUGUGAUCCCUCACCCAGACCUUGUGGCUGGCGCAAGUCCUUCAGGUAACUCUCCGAUCCGUCCCGGGUUCAGCUACGGAUUCGACAAGGUUAAUGUGAUCCAAUCCCAUGCGAAGCCGCGCUUCAUGAUAUUGAACGCGGCCAUGAAGUUCAAGGAGGACAAAGAGCUGUGGGUGGAGGCGCUGACGGCGUUCUUCAAGAGAAUUAACCUCGAAGUCGAUGCAUCCGGCGUUGUGGAGGAUACUCUGACCUUGUCUGACUUGUGGACUGUGGAGCCACCCACGAAGGCACAGUUAAGUAUGAAGAACGAAAAGGAAGAGGUGACAAAGGAUGAAUCUAGUCUUCCCAUAACGGUACAUACAGGUGAAAUGAUGACGCCACAACGCCCGAAAGCUCUUGUGGGUCCAGGAGGUUUGGAAAUAGACAAACACUCCAAAUCGAGAGCCCACAAGCUCGAAGGUGAACCAUGCAGUAGCAAUCUGAAAUCGUAUGCUGCCCGUCUGGCGCCCACUGGGUCACGGUGCCUUCUGAGCCUUCAGGAGGACAAGUCAAUACAGGGGUGUCACGUUGUCCCGCGAAGAACUGAUAUCGAUACGUGUGCGAAAGUGGCGGCGUGGUGGGGGAUUGAUGAAUUCGAUGUCGACUCCCCUUUCAACAUCUUAUUAUUGAGAGCCGACAUCCACUGCUUGUGGGACAAGGGUCAUCUCAUUUUUGUGCCCGAACCUCAUAUUGUCGAAGAUUAUGUCGCACGAUCCAUUGUUCCCAUAGAAGCAAACUUGUCACUGGACGAACCAUCUCAAGUUUGCAAUGGCCCCAUUUACAGAUAUUGUGUCGUUUCCCAUCGCGACCUUCCAGAUACAGAGGAGAGCGCUGCGUUUCCGAGGGAUAUCAAGGUCGUAGGCUAUGUGGAAUCCCGUGUACCUCCCCAAUUCGUCAUUUAUAACGCCGGCCCGGCGUUAUCGAAGGGUGCCGGACCAGCUGACUUCGCAAUGGCUUUGGACGCCUUCUACAAGCUCCACAAGGUGAACUAUAAAGCGAUCAAUGUUCUGCGACAAAUGAAAACACUCUGUCUCCGAUGGCCAAAGAGCUUGUCGGAUUAUGGAAGCGUGCAGCCCGCCUCCCAGGAUGUCUCUUUUGACUAG